UACAAAGGAAGGUUAGAAUUAGAAGAGAUGUUUUGAAAUUCAUAUCAAAUCGAAGCAAAUUCUAUAGGCAGCUUGAAGAAGAAUUGGAAACAAUGUCCGCUGAUGAUGAUGAUGAUGAUGAUGAUGAUGAUGAUGAUGAUGAUGAUGUUGAUGAUGAUGAUGAUGAUGAUGAUGAUGAUACACAAAGUGUAGUGAGCUCCGUAUAUUAUGGCAACGAUUUUGGUGAUGAUUAUGAUGUUAAUGACACAUUUGAUUAUCAACCCGUUCGUCAUGAUAAACCAAAGCUACUACAAAGGAAGGUUAAAGUUAGAGAAGAUGUUUUGAAAUUCAUAUCAAAUCGAAGCAAAUUCUAUAGGCAGCUUGAAGAAGAACUGGAAACAAUGUCCGCUGAUUUUGAACUGGUUCCAGACAAAAGUCAAGUUGUAGUAACAAAGAGACUUGGUUCAAAGUACAUUAAAAACUGGAGUAAUUGCUCUGCUAGUGUGGUAAGAACGUUUUUCAGCCGUUUUGUUAAAGAGUGUUUUGAUAUCAAUUAUUCGGAGCGAUUAAAGAAAGAAUUGGGAAAACUUCGUCGUAAAUUGCGCUCUGGCUCUGCAGCUGCUUGUUGGAUCCAGGAUAGCAAUACAAAGUUAGCAGUUAUGACUGAACGUGAUGAGAUGGAUCGUGUUCUGGAAAUUGUUGAAAAGUUUCUCUCUGAUAAAGAUUUUUUGGUCACAGAGAUUUUUCUCGAAAUAGACAACGAUAUGAUAAAAUUUUUGAUGGUGAGGAAAGAUUACAUGAAAAGAUUAAAUAAAACAUUAUCGAGUAUCGACACGAAGUUUGAGUUUCUUGAUGGAAUGAUAUAUAUAAUCAAAAUGAGAACUGGCCAUGUAAAAGAUUGGAAGACAAAAUGCAUGGACUCGGUAAAAACAUUUUUAAACUCUUUUCAAAAGGAGUCCUUUCCAUUUGAGGAUGAAACACGUGAGUUGAUGAUUGAACCGUUAAUAACCAUUCAAAAUGAAGUUUCAUCGUCAGGAGCAGCUUGUUGGCUUGAUGAUGGAAAAUUGAUACUUGUCGGUAAUACCAUUGAGUUUGAUGUGAAUGCUAAAAAAGUUGCAAACUUUGUGCAAAUGAUAAGAUUAUCGAUCAAAAAGUGUUUUGGUUUUGACGAAUGCAUGAGGGAAUCCAUCGUUAAGGAACUACCCCAACUUCAAAAAAAAAUGAAGUCAUGUAAAAUAAGCUUAAAUGAGAAACAACUUGUUGUGGUGUGCCCAGGAAGCAAUGUUGGUGAUCUUUUGCUAACAGUAGAUAGCUUUCUUGAGUGUCUCAGGUUACGAAGCCCACUUUUCGUUAAGGUUAACGUUGACGUUCAUGUUCUUAAAUUUGUUAUGAACCGUCCAUCCUUCCUUUGUGAAUUCACCGCAAAACUAAACAACCACAAAGCCAAAUUUCAAGAGUGGAUAGAAGGUGAAUCUUAUGUAAAGAUUGUACAAGAAUCAAAAUUAGUAAGGGCGAUAAAUUGGACUGAGAAAUGUAGGGAUACUACCAAGAACUUUUUCAAUCAAUUUCAAACGCAAUGCUUUGCUGUUGAGACAGAUGCGCAAAACACCGUUUCAAAGGACGUCGAGGACAUGAUGGAAUCAAUUCGUUCCGAUCAUAUUGAUUGUUGGUUCGUGCAAGAUGAAAGAGAAAUUGUUUUGGUAGGAUUGAAAAUAACUUUGAUUGUGUUGCAAAAUUGGUAGAAAAAUUUUGACAAGUGCGGUAGAAGAAAACAAAAAAUCAAAGCAAAGCGUGGAGUUUUUUUGCGUUGCUUCUCCUGAUCAAACUGAUUUUUUGAGAAGAAACAGUUUCUGAAAAGAUAAAGGAAACGAUUCCUGGCUUAGUUGAGGUGACCGUUAAAGAAUCGAGAACAGAAAUAUGUCUCAUUGGUUCUGAAGAUGCAAUUUCUACAGCAAAGCAACAACUGGAAGAUUUGAUGAAAAGUGUCGCAGUCCUAGAUUGCACGGAAA